AUGCUACGGUCCCGGCUGCCCAGUGUCUCAGUUGGAGGAGAGUAUGGCAAAGGACUUUUCGGCAGGGAAAUGGGACCUUUACAAGACCAGCUUUGCCAUGGAGAAUACGACUUACUCAAGUUUGCUCCCAUGUUGGAAAGUGACUUUGUACAGGUUAGUAAGAGAGGAGAAGUGAUUGACGUGCACAAUCAAAUUCAGACUGUGACUGUUGCAGUAGCCUGCACAAGCCCCAGUCUGCUGGUCCCCAAUGUGUUACUUCUGGCUCGUUCCAUCUUUCCCCCUGAGGAGUCUCCAACAAAACUUAAAUCCUUCUUUCAUCCACGCCGCCCAGCUAAGAGAUAUGAGCUCACCAGGCUUUUUCCUCUGUGUCUAGUUAGGAUCUCAAUCCACAAUCCAGAGAAGAAGCAGCUACGAUUCAAGCUGGCAAGUGGCCGAACCUUUUAUCUGCAGCUCUGUCCCCAGCCUAGCACCCAGGAAGAUAUCUUUGGCCUGUGGGUCAAGGUUGUCAAUAUGCUGCGAUCACCUUUAGACUUGAGCAAAAAGCCUUACCGCAAGACCAAACAUGAAACCUCAAGGUCAAAGAGUCCAGAAGGAUCCUUAAAUGUAGAAGAAAAACUGAGUGAACAGAGUGUAUACUUAGCAUCUGAAACUCCCAGCCUUAUCCAUGAAGAGGUUGCAAUUUUUCUCGCCAUGUAG